AUGUCUGAGCCCAUCCCCGAAUCAAUACCUACAUCCGCCGAUCCGCGCUCGCAGCGCCCGACGAAGAAGCGCGCGCUUACUCCCCGCUCAGCCCAAGCCUCAGAAGUCGAGGCUCUCUUCGCGAAGCCUGAUCGCGAUAUCUACAUCCCAGGCUCCAGCGCACUAGCCAAGUCCUCCCUACCCCCAGAAAUCGUCGCCAAUGUACAAGGCUCCAGUGCAGGUGCGGGAAGUGGCGAGUUCCACGUCUACAAGGCGAGUCGGAGGCGCGAGUAUGAGAGGCUGAGGAUGAUGGACGAGGAGGUCAAGAAGGAGGAAGACGAAAAGGAGUUCGCCAAGCGAAAAGAGGAGCUGGAAAAGAAAGACAAUGAGAAGACGGAGAAGAAUCGUCUGAAGAGGGAGAAGGCGCGACAGCGGAAAGAGAAAGCCAAGAAGGGUGGUAAGGGCGGAACAGGCAGCGAGAGGGAUGGGACACCAGUUGCAGAGGAUGGCAAGACGAAGAAGAAAUUAGCGCCGAACGCGAAUGUGCCAAAGACUGGCACCGACGAGGACGCAGAUGGCAACAACGAAGGCGGAGAGGUCAAGAAUGCGGAAGAGAUUGGACUAGUCAUCGAAGACGACGACUGA